AUGGCAGGCAAGCACUCGGACAACUCAUCUGAAGGACCAUCUGCAAAGCGACAAAAGGUAGAGACAGAUCCGAUGGACAAUCCUUACCUCGCGCACUGGAACCAGAAGUCCAGCAAUGGCUAUAGCAACGGUUAUAGCAAUGGCGCUGGCCCCUUCUCGAGCCCCCUUGACAACCUUCAGAGGCAUAAGACGACUGUGAAGGACCAUGUACGUGCUGAGGAGGGCACGCACAAUCCUUUCACUGGACAGCCUUUCUCGCAGCGAUAUGUCAACAUCCUAAAAACAAGAAAAGGUCUACCAGUGCAUGCGCAGCGCGAAGAGUUCCUUGAGAUGUACCAGAAGUCGCAAAUUCUGGUGUUCGUGGGCGAGACUGGUUCAGGAAAGACCACACAGAUACCACAGUUCGUGCUAUACGAUGAUCUGCCUCAGCACGACGGCAAGCUCGUUGCGUGCACUCAACCCCGUCGAGUCGCCGCCAUGUCUGUUGCAGAGCGUGUGGCAAACGAACUAGACGUCAAGCUAGGUGAAGAGGUGGGCUACAGCAUUCGGUUUGAAGACAUGACAAGCUCGAAGACGAUACUGAAGUACAUGACGGAUGGUAUGUUGUUAAGAGAGGCUAUGAGCGACCAUGAGUUGUCUAGGUAUAGCACCAUAAUACUUGACGAGGCCCACGAGCGAACGUUAGCGACUGACGUCUUGAUGGCUAUGUUAAAAGAGUUGACUCUACGACGGCCUGAUCUAAAACUCAUUGUCAUGUCUGCCACUUUGGAUGCACAGAAAUUCCAGCGCUAUUUCAAUGACGCACCACUACUGGCUGUACCAGGUCGAACACAUCCCGUCGAGAUUUUCUACACCCCUGAACCUGAAAGAGACUACCUUGAAGCUGCUCUUCGAACCGUUCUGCAAAUUCACGCCACCGAGGCCGAAGGGGAUAUCCUGUUGUUCCUGACAGGUGAAGAAGAAAUUGAGGAUGCUGUACGUAAGAUCAAGCUGGAGGCAGAUGAGAUGAUCAGAGAAGCCGAUGCUGGUCCAAUGGAUGUGUACCCUCUAUAUGGUACUUUGCCACCUGCCCAGCAGACGAAAAUCUUCCAGCCUGCACCCAAGCCGCGGCGGCCUGGUGGUCGUGCUGGUCGCAAGUGCAUCGUUUCCACGAACAUUGCCGAGACAUCGCUAACAAUCGAUGGUAUCGUCUAUGUGGUGGACCCCGGAUUUUCAAAGCAGAAGGUCUACAAUCCAAGGAUACGUGUCGAAUCGUUGCUGGUCUCCCCAAUCAGUAAAGCUUCAGCUCAACAACGUGCUGGUCGUGCUGGUCGUACACGACCUGGAAAGUGCUUCCGACUCUACACAGAGGCUGCUUUCAAGAAAGAAUUGAUAGAACAGACAUAUCCUGAGAUUCUAAGGUCGAAUUUGUCAAACACUGUGCUCGAGCUGAAGAAGUUGGGAAUCGACGAUCUAGUUCACUUCGAUCUCAUGGAUCCACCAGCACCCGAGACUCUGAUGCGAGCACUGGAGGAGCUCAACUAUCUUGCAUGUCUGGACGAUGAUGGCAAUCUGACCCAUCUUGGCAAGCUGGCCUCUGACUUUCCUCUGGACCCGGCGUUGGCUGUGAUGUUGAUUUCGUCACCAGAGUUUUACUGCUCGAACGAGAUUCUGAGUUUAACCGCGCUGCUGUCUGUACCUCAGAUCUUCGUCAGACCUGCAAGUGCACGAAAACGUGCAGACGAGAUGAAGAAUCUGUUCGCUCAUCCUGAUGGUGAUCAUCUCACUCUACUCAACGUCUACCACGCUUUCAAAGCUCCUGAAGCACAAGCAAAUCCAAAGCAAUGGUGCCACGACCAUUUCCUGUCUCUUCGGGCCUUGCAGUCGGCGGACAACGUGCGCUUGCAGCUGAAGCGGAUAAUGGAGCGAGAAGAGAUCGAGUUAAUGUCAACACCUUUCGAAGACAAGAAGUAUUACGAGAAUAUCCGGCGAGCGCUAGUAUCCGGCUUCUUCAUGCAGGUCGCAAAGAAAGAAGCGAAUGGCAAGACCUAUACCACUGUCAAAGACAAUCAGACAGUGCUUUUGCAUCCGUCAACUGUGCUUGGCCAGGAAAGUGAAUGGGUUGUGUACAACGAGUUUGUAUUAACAAGCAAGAACUACGUUCGAACAGUGACAGGUGUGAGAGGAGAGUGGCUCCUAGAUAUCGCUCCUGGUUAUUAUGAUGUCGACAGCUUCCAGAAGGGUGAGGUCAAGACCGCCCUGAUGCGACUAAGGGAGCGGAUAGACAGGAGAGCAAAGAUGAAGGGUGGUCGGUAG